GUUGAUUGUUGACAGAAUAAUAAUGUCAGUUCAACCGCUUCAAUUUGUAUUUUUACAUUUUAUCGUGGAAAAAACGUGAAAAAUUGUUUAAAAAUUACAUUACCGUUGCGUAACCGUAGUGUCAAAGUAAUAAUUACUAUUGUUUCACUGCCACUUGAUUGUGAAAAUUGUUGAAAGUGGUGGCAGUACAUUUGUCUUAUGCAUUUCAUCUUCUAGCUUCAAUAUUGAAACGAAUUUUAAACGUUUCUCAAACCAAUGGAAGUAAAAUUUCUUUUAUUUAUAAAGUAGCAUACAUGCAAAUGUAAAAACAGAAAGAUGCAGGUAGACGAUCCGCCGUACUUAUCUGUUGGAACUGCAGUCAGUGCCAAGUAUAAAGGGGCAUUUUGCGAAGCCAAAGUCAGCAAAGUUGUCCGCAUUGUAAAAUGUAAAGUAACAUACAAAAUGGGGCUCGGCACGGCUACAGUCAGUGAUGAACAAAUAAAAGGCCCCCUUAGGGUUGGCCACACGGUGCAAGCCAAGCAUGCAGAACGCAAGGAGUUUGUUGAAGCCACAAUUGGAAAAAUUCAAGAUUGCAGCCAAUAUACAGUUGUAUUUGAUGAUGGAGAUAUCACCACCUUGAGGCGAUCAGCCCUCUGUUUAAAAAGCGGAAGGCACUUUAAUGAAAGUGAGACUUUAGAUCAGUUACCCUUGACUCAUCCAGAACAUUUUGGCAAUCCAGUUGUAGGUGGCAGAAGGGGCAGAAGAAAUAGACAGUUAAAGGAGGAUAGCAGUGAAGGGGAAGCGGAAGAAGAAAAUGAACCUGAUUUAGAGGGCUAUUCUACGGAUAUAGGGCGGGUUGUAAGCGUUGAAGCCACUGAUAAGAAAAGAGGGAAGGAUAACUGGUUUCCAGGCCUUGUAGUUAUUCCUUCAGCACAACCAACAGUCAGAAUUAAUGUUAAAGAUGAAUAUUUGGUUCGAUCUUUUAAGGAUGGGCGAUACUAUACUGUACCUAAAAAAGAAGUCUCGGAAUUUAAUAGAGAAAUGGGAGAGAAAGUUGAAAGUUCUGUAUUGGCUGAAGCCGUUAGUAAAGCACUUAAAUAUCUCGAUCACAAUGAAUUACCAGUGCAUUGGGAAAGAAAUUCAUUAUUUAACAUGCAAUCUAUUGAUAGCGACUCGGAGGAAAAUUACAGUGAUUCUUCUGAUGAUGAGCCUAAUGAAGAAAAAGACAGGUUUGUUGCCCAACUGUACAAAUUUAUGGACGACUCUGGUACCCCACUCAACAAAAGUCCCAUGAUUGCAAAUAAAGAUGUGGAUUUACACAAACUAUUCAGGGUUGUUCAUAAACUAGGAGGUUACAAUAGAGUAACCAACCAGAAUAAAUGGCGAUCGGUAACAACACGAUUAAAAUUACCAAACAACCAAAUUACUUAUAAUCAAGUCAAGAGCGUUUAUAAAAAGUGUCUCUUAAGUUAUGAAUCAUUUUAUAAAACUCUAGGUGUGACUAUGUUAAAUCAUAACUUGUCUACUAAGAAAAAUCGGGGAAGGUCGUUGAUAAGAGAUAGGGAUCGAGCAACGCCUGUUAAUAGUCCAAAACCGGAAAAAGACGAAGAUGAGAGGAAAGAAGAUGAGAAAAGUGGGUCCGAUGAUAAGAUGAAAAAGAAAACGGAGUUUAAGAAAGACGAUGAAAAGAAGAGGAAAGAAGUUGUUGAAAAUAGCGAUACUAAUAGCAGUGAUGCUACUGACCAGUCUGAAUCAGCUCCAGGUUCUUCAAAGGAUGGUGGAAGACCCCGACGUUUAGAUAAGUCUAAAGAGAAGAAAAUCAAACAAAUCAUUGCAAAUGAAAAAGCUAAAACAGUGGAAAUCACGAAGAAAGAGGAUGAGGAAAAGAUGCAACAAACACGAUCAAAAUCUCAGACUGUGAAACCUAAAGAUGUGGCAAACAAUUUUAGUCAGAAGAAAGACAUUAAACCGGGGGAAACGCCAAAUAAGCCGCCGCAGAAACCCAGCGCUAAGAAAAGCGACGAUGAGAAGAAACGCGGCCGAAAGAAGAACAAUCCGGAUGAGAAAUCAUCGGGUGUUGAAAUCGUCACUGACGUUGCCUCUGGACAGACGAUAAGUGUUGGCGAUAAAUUAAAAGUGUAUUAUGGACCAACACACGAAUAUAAAGUCACUUAUGAGGCUAAAGUCAGAGAAAUAGAUCGAGAUUCGACCGGUAUGGUUUAUCUCGUACAUUACACUGGCUGGAAUACAAGAUACGAUGAGUGGAUUUCGCCUAGUCGUAUCGCUGAAAACCUCAGUGCCAACACGAAGGCCAAAAGGUUGAAACAGAGCAAUGCUGCCAACUCUGUGGGAAGUACAAAGCAAUGUGCAAAUAAAACAGCUCCUGGGAAACGUGGCCGAGGGGCGUCAGUGACCACCAAAAGUAGUUCUACGGAACCUCCGAGGUCUACGACGCCAUCUAGCGUUACAUCUUCCUCAAGUCGGACAAAAAGUCCAGCGACUCCGGCCACCAGAUCGAGUAGUCGAAUGACUCGAUUAGAUUACGGCCGAAAAACUCGUCGAGCUUCUGCUCAGACUGACAUUUCGAAUCAUUCUGAGUCCGAUUCGGAUAUAUCCGAAAGUGAAGCCGAAUUAACACGAACGAGGAGCGGGAAUAAAUCCGAAGAUAUCGAAAUAAAGACUUACAAGAAAAAAGUAUCAAGGACUCCAACAGUUACAAAAUCGGAAAAAAAUAAAGAAGAUGGGGACACGGAAAAAGACGACGAGUCUGACAGACCGAAAAGAGCUAGAAAAUUGAAGAAAUCGCCAGAAAAAUCGGGAGAAGAAAGCGAUGAAGAUACUGGUUCUAGUCUUCCCAAAGGAAGAGAUUUUGAUCUUAAUCAAAUCAGAUCUGAACUGAAAGGUUUCAACAAAGCAGUUAAAGUUCCAUCAUUGGAUACUACUGAGAAGGAACUUUUAUCCUCAUCAGAUGAUUCAAAUACUCAAACUUGUACAAAAUCAGAACCAGCUGAAGAGAAAAAGGAAAUCAAAGUUGAAACUUCACCGACUUCUGACGAUAUUUACGAAUUCAAAGAACCAGAACCAUUCGAAUUUGAAUCACGUGCCAAGAUGGUAGAUGACAAGACUUCAAAGAAACGAAUACCUAGACUUUACGAGGAUCUGGAGAAAAGUCCAAAGAAGAAAAUUAUGAGAUCUCCCGGAAAAUCAGAUAAGGAUAGUCCCGAACUAGAGAAGAAAAGGUUUAGAAGAACUCCAGUUCGGAAACAGGAUGAAUCGGAAGAUGAUGAGAAGAAAGAUGAAGAUGAUCCGUUUGAUAAACUAGUUGAAUCGCCUUGCUUUAACUUAAAACCAAUGGAAAAAGUGGCCGAGAGUAAAGAAAAAAUAUUAAAAGAAGAGUCACUGACUUUGUUUAGAGAUGAGUUUAGUAGAGACAUUGAUUUAUCUGAUAGCGAAUCGCAGAGUCAACCGAUUUUCUCACAUGACGAUGAGCUUUUCUCGGGGACUUUCUCGAAAUAUUCGCCAGAUAGGAACACCCUAGAUCUUGAAUUUUCAAGUAAAAUUGACGAUAUUAAGAAAGACAGUGAUGAUUUAGAAUCGAUUAGAGAAUCAAUCACCAGAAAAAUAGAAAGAACUCCUUCUAGUGACGAAUGUGAUAAUUUGAGCGAUGACGAGGAUUUGGUUAUUACGACUUCGGCAGCGACUUAUCAAUCUAAGAAACGAGAAUCUGAUACCACUUCUGGGGUUUUGGAAGAUAAGACGACGUCCGAGAUAUCCAUUCAGGAAAAUACUGAUGUUAAAAUGGAAGUCAAGGAAGAACCGGUGCUUAAAAGUCCUACUAUGCUUAUAUCUCCUGCUCUUCAAGAGACUGAUAGUUCUUUAUUGGAAUCGAUUUGUUCCCAACCUUUGUCAAUUACCGCAAAACUGGAGGAAACUAAAGAUUUCAACCUCAAAACUGGAACAAAAAUCGCAGAUUCGUUACUGCAGAAAUUAAGUUCGAUCAAGAAGAACGACUCAGACAGUGAAGAUAAAAAGAAAGACAUUGAGAAUGAAGCAGAUGCGGAGGAUAACGUAAAGUUGAUUGAUGUUUCCAGAAUGAUAAAACAGGUCGAAUUGAAGGUUAAACCUUCCGAAACCGAUGUUAAACCAUUGUCAGUUCCUACAAAACCGGAAAAGAAGCGCAAAAUUCUCAAUAGGAAUUAUAGAGAAGACUCAGAUUCUAAUAGUAGCGAUUCGGAACAACUUGUCAUCGCGAGAUCUGACGAUGACUCUCAAACCAAUUUUGAUAAACCAGACAAAGAAAGCGACAGUAACAUGUCUAUUGCUCACAUUGCAACCACUGACGAUUCUCAAUCGCAAGGAGAACAACGAAAUUUUAAAUUCGACGCGUUGAAGAAAUCGUCAAGUCCGGAAGUAGUCAAAGAGGAGCAACCGGAAGCUGAGAAUGUCAAAGAAGAAGAACCCGAUUCUCAAUUACAUUCAUUGCUUCUAUGUGAAGAAACUAUACCGAGAAGCCCGGCUCCGGCUUCAGAAGGAUCAAGUGUGGUCGAGCCAAGGCCAAAGGCCAAGUCGAUGUUGGAAAUGCCAUUUGCUAGUGCCCCCGGAAAUUGUAACAAUAAAAAUAUGUUGUUGAAUAAUGAACAUAAGGGGGUGAAUAAGCCACAGCCACAACCGUUAGUUUUGCCUUUGGGGGGUAGGGAAAAUCGGGAUGUUUCGAAUGUUAUUACCCCACCUUCGACUCCCGGAAGUUCGACUAGUGGUGACCAUGGGGAGUUGUCUCCUAACACGAUAGAAAACGAAAGUUGCAAAUCCAACGAUGCUGAAUUGGAGUAUCCCAGAAAACGAAGAAAUUCUUCAUUGAAUAAAGCCCCUUUGUAUAGCGAAGACGAUACUCAAAUGACAAACGAAGCUCCUAGUGGGAAGAAAUCUCGCGAGGAAUCAGUACCUGCCUCUUGUCGAAAACGCCGAAAAUCAGCGAGAGGUGGAGAUGAAGUACCGACAAAACGCGGCCGAAAACCCCAAAAUAGGUCACGGCAUAACAGCGAUAGCGACGAUACUUCCGAACAUUCGUUGAUUGGUUCAACAUCGAAUUUAGGUUUGUCGUACGAUAGGACGUCGAAAUCGCCGCGACCUUCGAAAUACAACUUUUUCGUUGAAUUUGAUCCUAGUUUAAACAGUGGCCAAAGAAUUGCCGUUUUGCAACAGAAAUUGUCAGAACUUCGUAAAACUUACGCCGAAGUUAAAGCUGAGUUAGCAGCAGUUGAAAGGCGAAGGAAAAAAAUUAGACGAAGGGAACGUGAAGCCCUGAAAGCUUCAAAACAAGAAAUGGUUUGUGGUUGAUCGAUCCAAACUGUACCAGUGCUCUUCCAUUGUUAAUUUUCUUGAAGAAAUAUCUUUGUAAAAUAUUUUUAGUCUAGUAAGAUAUUUUAUAAAUUAAUGUUAUGUCAUUGUCUACAAUUUUUUGUACACAUGUUUGUUGUCAUUUUUCUUUAAGAUAUGUUUGUAUAGAAUCUGUUAGUUAACUAAGGAUUUAAAAUAAUGUAAUAUUUUUAAUCGAUCUCGAGGGUACUUUUAUUAUUGAUUUUCAGAAUUUCAUUAUAUUACAGAUAAAUGAUUCUUUAGAAAUUAUUUGUCUUGAGAUAAAAUAAAUUUAGUAGCAACAUUUUUUGUAAAUAUUGUUAUGUACAAGUUGGAAAAGUUGUGUACUAACUUAUAACAAUAAGGAAUUAAAUUCGAAAUGUAAUUAAUAUGGUCGUUGCUUACGUAUUUAAUUUACUUAUGUUAGAUACUUUUUUUUAAGUUUCACUAACAAAAUAUUGUAAAUUAGAUAUGUGCGGCUCUCACCGUGGCAAUACUUUUAUAUAUGAUUUUAUUUAUUUAGAAUAAAUAGAAGAAACAUU